AUGUAUUCAACCAGAUCAUAAUAAUAAUAAAAGAGAAAUGAUUCUUUUAUUCUUGGCCCAGUAAGUCCCACUGAAUCACAAACUUAAGAAACUUAAUAUAAAUAUCUACCUUUGAUGACUAAAGUUAUAUAAGACUAACUUGACCCUAAAUGGCAGGAAUGCAAAAUAAAAGGUAAAAAUCUCACUCCUCGUUCGAACUCUGCAAUAGCAAUUCAUCAAAACCAGUAAUUGUUUAUAUUUACUUAGCUUAUAUUUGUAUGGGGGUUAUUAGAAUGCUUAAGGAAUAAUGAAAGACUUUUAUAAACUUAAUUUGGGGGCUGAAUAAUUCUUUUGGUAAAACAUCUAAUGUGAAUAUGAACCAGGUCCUAGAUGUCGUCAUUCACUUUGUGCCUUCAAGGAUUGUCUCUAUUUAUUUGGUGGAUAAGUAGCUGAUUCUAUCUCUACAAAUGAAAUAUUUGUACAUGACGUCAAUCUAAAAUUUUGGAAGAAAUUGAGCAUUAAUGAUUCAUAUCCAUAGCCAUUAGAUAACUAUUGUGCUACUGUAUAUAAUGAUCAAUUAAUUAUAUUUGGAGGCUUUUACACUGCAGAUAUAUUCAAACAUUCUAAUGAUUUAUAUUCGUUUAGUUUCAAUUUAAAUCAAUGGAUUAAAUUAAAUAAAUCAAAGGGUAGAUAACCUUCACCAAGAGAUGGCAGUUCCAUAGCUAUUCAUAAUGAAAGUCUUUAUAUGUUUGGAGGUAAGAAUGGAGAUUUACGAUAUAAUGAUUUAUGGCAAUUUGAUUUUUUAAAAUAAGAAUGGAAUUUUAUUCCUAUUAAUAAUAUAUGUGACAUACCAAUGAGUCGAUCUGGUCAUUCACUUAUAGGUUAUGAAAAUUAAUUGAUACUUUUUGGAGGUAUUCAUGAUGUAACAUGGGAAUUAGAUGAUUUAUAUAAAUUUCAAAUAAAUCAAUAAGAAUGGAAAAUGAUUAAUAAAGAUACUUCUAGAAGAAAGGACUUAGAAGUUCCUUCUCCCACAAAAUCAAAUCGAAUUUCCUUAAAUAAAAGGAGAUCCAUAAAAUUACCAUCCUCUUUAAGACCUUUAAGUUUAAGGAAAACACCCUGUUCAUCACCAAAGAAAGUUAGAUCCUCUUCUUAAUCUUAACAUUCUUGUUUUUAUAAUAAUUAGAAUGGUUAAUAAAGUUACGAUUAUAAAAAUAAUAAUUCAUCAAUUAAUACUACAAUAAAUUAUGUUUAAGAAAGAAAACUAUUAGAAAAACUUAGGAAAAAAGCUGCAAUGUUGAAACUCUUUGAAGUUGAAAUUAAUAAAAGAGCAUUAUUUUAAGAUGAUUGUAAUGUAACAGAAAAAUUAAAAACCUCUAUAAUAUUAAUAGGUAAUCCAAAAUAGGAUUUAAAAUUAGCAAAAGGUACAUUAACUGAAUUCGGUUAAUAGAUUGUAUCUAAGUAUUAUUUAAUUUUAAAUAUAGAUUUCUUCUCCCUUUAAGUAAUAGAUAAAAUACUAUUCAUGGAAAAAAACCAUGUGCUCGUGAUGGACAUGCAGUAGCAAUAUUUGAUAAUUAAAUGGUUCUCUUUGGAGGUGAUAGACAUACUAUGUCUUUUAAUGAUCUCUAUCUUUUAAAUUUAAAAUAGAUCUGA